UUUGGGCGACAUUAUUCACUUCAGGAAGUUCAUUCAGAAGGUGCUUAGCAUAGGAAGGGGAAAAGCCAGCAUGGCAGCAGACAGCAACAUGGCUCCUGAAAAAAAGCCGAGCACUACUCCUGUGAAAAGGGCUGUCCACAAGAUCCGAAUGGCCAGCCUAGUCUUCAGCUUGGCGCGAGGCUGGCAGCAGUGGGCAUCUGACCACCACAUAAAGCAAGCCCAAGAGCCCUCUGGAUGGGUCCCUUCUGCAGAAGACUCAUCAACUCAGCCUGUACAAGAAAGACCCUUCAAAAAAUGGCCAAUUAGAUCUGUCAAGAGGGACCAAGGAGAAGACGGCGAAAAAUCCUCAGCAAAGGAAUCAGUGUUGAUAAGAGACGCUGAAAAAAAUGCAAGGGAAUCAGAUGAAGCCCUCAAAAAGUUCAGCAUUAAAAACAAAGAGGUGACCAAAACAGUUGUAAGCAAAGCCUACGAACGAGGAGGUGAUGUAAGCCUCCUCAGUGGAAGAUAUGAGAAUAACAAUAGUAGCUCAGAGAUGACCAAGCUCAAAGAAGAAUCAAGUGCUAUUGACAAAAUUCUUAAUGACAAAUUAUCUCCAACCAUAAGGAGAAAGUGUUCAAACGUGGUAUCAGAACUGACCAAGGGCUGGAAAGAGAUGGAACAAGAGGACAAAGAGGGGGCUAAGGAAGAACUGCUGCUUAAGCGUCAUGAUGACAGCCUGGAUGCAGAGGACAGUGGCUAUGGGGAAGCAGAGGACAAACUCGAGCAAGAAGACAGUGACCGAGACAUGACGGUUGUGAGGAUUAAACGACCUGUGCCAUCUUUCGCAAGCAGGUUUAGCGAAGAAGCACGCACCAAAGCCCAGAGGAAAUACAGCUCCGUUAACAGCCUGAAGGACAGAUGGCAAGAAUGGGCCGACCAGCACAUCGUAACGCAGAAACUGAAUCCCUUCAGCGAGGAAUUUGACCACGAGCUGGCCAUGUCCACGCGCCUGCACAAAGGAGAUGAAGGCUACGGCCGUCCAAAGGAAGGAACCAAAACUGCUGAAAGGGCUAAGAGAGCUGAGGCCCAUAUCCACCGGGAGAUUAGAGACAUGUGCUUCAUCAUUGAAUCAAUGGCUAAGCCACGGCCCGACGGCAAGAUCCAAGUCACUUUCGCGGAACUCUUCGAGAGAUACGUUCGUAUUUCAGAUAAGGUGGUUGGGAUUCUCAUGAGAGCCAGGAAACACGGGCUGGUGGACUUUGAGGGAGAAAUGUUAUGGCAAGGAAGGGAUGAUAAUGUCAUAAUAACUUUAUUAAAAUAAGCAUGCUACAACCAGAACAACUUGUUUUGGAAAACCUUUCUCCACUUCUCCCUUGCUAUUAGCAUUUGCACAUUUGGAAUACAAUAUUCCCCCCCAUUCACCCACAUAGAAAAUAUUAUUGAGCAUUUUUCUAAAUAUGUAUUUUGUAACUACUGCAUGGUAACACGAGCAUCCGAAUGGAUUUUCCUCUGUACCAGGAGGGCUUGCAGGACACUUCAGUUAGUUACUACAUGAAAAAUAAAGAGAAAAAUCUAUAUUGUAUAUAAGCAGCUGAUUAUAAAAACCCAUAGCAAUAUAAAUAGCUACAAAUGAAUUUCAAUUUUUACUUGUUCUUACAUUCAAGAUAUUCCCAACUAUUUAAACUGGGAUGUCAGGAACAUAAAGCAUGCCAGAUCAGAAGUUGAAUGACAAUAUAAAAUAAGACCAAGUUUUUGAUCUGUGAAAGUGAUCUUGUGCACGUAUUUCCUAAUUGAUUGAUUUAUAUGCGUAAAACCAGUUUUAUUUGAACACAGAAUCAAGGAUACCACCUUUGUUUUCUUUACAAGCAGGAUAUGCAACUACUACUGUAGUAUUACCUUGUCGCAACUACUGACACAGCUUUCUUUUACAUAUCACGUAUAAAGACAAAAGUCCUUCUUUUUAUAAAUGUGGUUUUGUAUUGAAUGGAUUUAUAUAACUAAUUUAUUAGAUAGUUUCCUAUUUAGAGUUAUGGAUAUUGGAGAGAAAACACUCAAUAGAAUGUAAUGCACAAAAAAAUUUUGCAUAGCCACAUAAAAAAUACCUCCUAUGCAAUGUUGUGCAAUGUAUCGUCUGAUUAUCUAUGUAAAUAUGGUUCUUAUAAAUACAGGGAAAAAUAACAUGUAACAUACAAAAAUCGGUCGGUACUUGUAGUGUUGUGUAUAGCAAAAAAAGUGACUUCCAUUGCAGUGUAACUCUCUGUGAGAACAGAUACAGAAACAGUGUUCAUACCUAAAAUCAACUGACUUUAAGGAAAAUGGUGUUUCAUAUUACACAGAAACACUGGCCUAAUUUUACAGCAUUUGUCAUUUGAACCAUUCUGAUGUCACUGAAAUAACAUAUUUCUGUCCAGGUGAUGCCGAAUAGGAGUAAACACUAAUGAACUAAUACUUCCAGGUCUUAAAAUUGUUUGUAUUAUGGACAAAUCUGAGACCUCUGUAAGGUCUAUAAUGCUUACUGGAUUAUAUAGAUCACUGUUUCUCUAAACUACUACUGCAAAAAUAGCUAUCUGGUAAAAAUGUGCUUCACAUGAAAAGCAUUUGUUUUGUAGCAAGGUGCCUGGGCAAGUAAUUUGCAUAAUGAAAAAGAAGUGGUUUUUUUCCCCAUAAGAUUCUUUCAAACUGAAAGAGCAAAUAUCUUCUUACAGAAGAAGAGGUGUAUGAACAUCUUUUCUCUGUGAUAAAACAAGUAUUGCUAUCUUAUUAUGAGAGUACAGGUACUCCAGUUUGAAGCUCAAAUGAACAAAUAAAUAAAAUAUUUUAUACGUUAGUGAUACAAAAACUGAUUACUAUUUCUAUUGUAAGUCUAUGUCAAUCAUUAAUAAUUUAGGCACAGUUGUGAAUCUAAGGAAGAAAAAUAUUACUUAAGAUGGAUUCAAUGGAACUUUUUUAACGUUUUCUUGAGAUCUCUCAGACUACUCAAGCUGACCUGCAAAACUGACUUCUAAGUGUAAUACUUACAUAUCAUAAUUUUUACCUGUAUAUUCCUACCUUAUUCUUUAUGUCUUUAUAUAAUGACCUUUACAACUGUCUAAAUUGUCUUGAGGAAAUUUGGUUGUCAAAGGAAUACAUGAACUAUAAAUAAAACCCUUAAUUGAA